AAGUUUUAGAUUUUCAUUCUUCUUCCUAUACUUUUUUUUGAAGGCAAAUUUUGUGUUUUGAUUUCAAUUUUUUAAUAUUUCUUGAGUCUUAUAGCUAUUUUAUGACGUCACAUCUUAAAAGUUGAUGACUGGAUGACGUAUAUUUGAAAACCUGAAUCCAAAACAAAUGAAUUUGUGUUAAAAACGUGUUUAAAAUACAUUAUUUUUAAACAUUUUUAAAACACAUGAGAAUCCGGCAGUUUAAAACCCUGUUUUGAACAAAAAAAACCGUUUGUUUUGUCUUUUUUUUUAAACCGUUUUUUCCAACACUGCCUUCCACCAUUUAUACGAGUCUCAGUCUGCGAAUUGAAUUUUCAAUUUGUUAUCAGUUGACAUAAAUUAUGUACUUAUUAUUUUAUAAUUUGUCAAUAAAAUUAGGUAAAACUUGAAUGAAGUAAGCAUUUUGUUGGGUAUACGAAGCUGGAGGAGGUGAAUUUAAUUCAAGACCGAAUCGAACAAGCGCUUAAGGUAGAAGGUAGCUUUGAGUCUAAAUUUUCACUUCUCUGCUAAGAAUUUCAACUUUUUUGUCUUCCCAAUUGUUCAGCUUAUACGUUAGCUCAUCCGAUUAUGAAAUAGUUAUAGUAUAGUGAAGAAUUAAUUUAAAACUCUAUAAAAGAAGCUGUAUGAUUUUCUUGAUGACGUCACGUGGUUGUUUCAUAGAUAUUUAUCACUCGUCAUUAGUACGACUAGCUACGAUUGCGGAAAAAAUCAACACUAUGGGCCACUUGUACCACAAACAGUUAAACUACAGUCAAGAGUUGAACCAAGUUCAGUAGGAAAAGUGUGUUGUACCAAUCUCGUUCAACUCUUGAACUGUAGUUAAAUUUAACUCGCCAAUUUCGGCCGGUUAAACUACAGUUAACUGAACUUCAGAACCCAACACUGAUAAACUUCGUAAACAUACGCUGUUAUCAACGUGCAUGGCGAUUAUUGAUUAUUAAUUUUUGAGUUUUAAGUAAUAAAUAAAAAAUCUCUAAUGUCGAUGUACUCAGAUGAUGAUGAAAAUCUUACAUCAGACGAAGAUUUUCAAGAGUUGGUUUACAAGAUUGCGUUUCCGCGCCGAAAAAAAAAAUUUAGACAUCGAAUAGAUCAUUUUGUAGAAUGGAAUGAACAAGAAUUUUUAGAUCGAUUUCGUCUCUCGAAAUCAACCGUUAUGUAUUUAGUUGAAAAACUAAAAUCUAAAAUCAGUUCACGAACUACCAGAAAUAAUGCACUCACUGCACGCGAAAAAGUACUGUUAACGCUACGAUAUUACGCUACAGGCUCAAUGAUAAAAGUAGCUGCAGAUUUUGUUGGCGUACACGAGUCUACUGCCAGCCGCGUUAUCCGACUCGUCUCCUACUAUUUGGCGCGUCUGAGACCAGAAUUUAUCGAGUACCCAACCUCUGAAGAAGAACUAAGUGAAAUACGGCAAGGAUUUUUCAAUAUUGCACAGUUCCCUCGGUGUAUUGGCGCAGUCGACUGCACUCACGUAAAAAUACUAUCUCCUGGUGGCCAGGAUGCUGAAAUUUUUCGCAACAGAAAACGUUUCUUUUCAUAUAACGUUCAAGCUGUAUGCGAUUCUAACCUGCGAUUUCUAAACGUUGUCUGUCGAUGGCCUGGUAGUUCACAUGAUUCUACAAUAUUUAAUAAUUCAUCUAUAAAGUAUAAAUUUGAAGAUGGAGAAUUCGGAAAUGACUUGUUGGUGGGUGAUGGAGGAUAUGGUGUUCGGAAUUACCUCAUUACUCCACUUCGAAAUCCCAUCACUGCCGCUGAAAAAAAAUUCAAUUUCGCACAAAUUCGAACCAGAAACCCCAUAGAACGCACUUUUGGGGUAUGGAAACGACGUUUUCCGAUUUUAGCGGUGGGUAUCAAUUUAGAAGUGACCUCUGUUGAAAUGGUGGUUACAGCUACUGCUGUAUUGCAUAACAUUGCAAGAUUUUUCGGUGAUGCAAUGCCUGCAGUGGAGCGUGGGAUUGAAAGGUUGGUGGAUUUAACGGAGUUUGAUGCCGAAGAAUUUGCUGUGCCACCAAUUAAUGUAAAUCAGAUCCAAAGAGAUACCUUAAUCAAUUACUUCGAUGCACUAUAAUUAAAAAUAAAAUUCUUUAUUGUUUAUGAAAUAAUUUUGAAACGGAGUAUGUAAUACGAAUUCAAUAAAAAAAACGAAGUUCUACAAGUUCUAUUCAAUGCAUUUCCCCAUGAAAUAUUAGUAAUAAAUAAUAAUAAGAUUUUCAGUUGUAUGUUGAUAAAAGGAAGAGAAAAAUGAAAAAUCAUGUUGCAAAACUUGAAUCAAAGUUCUUUUUUUAUUUGUUUUUUAAUCUCUUUUCCGGCAUUGCAAACCAUCUUCUUAUAGAAUGAACUGUUUCAGAGUGUUCUAAUUUUUCAAAAUAAUUUCACCCAUCUACGUUAGUAAUAGAAAAACUUGACCAACUUGAGAAAUAUGAACAAAAAACGCAUUUAUUUCUAGAAAAAAAAUGAGACCAAUACUUCUCAAAUGACUCAAAUUAAUAAUUAAAAAUGAAACAACGAACACAAUCGUGCUGCCGCAGCAGUGAAAUCACAUCAAUUGAAAAUAAAAAUAAUUAACACUCUUGUUGCCACAGCAAGGAGACAUCAAUUAAAAAUAAAAACACACUUGCUGCCACAGCAGUAAAAACACAUCGAUUCAUAAUAAAAGUAAUUAAGAAUUGCUUCCACCUUCCACAGCAGUAAAAACACAUUGAUUAAAAAUAAAAAUAAUUAACACUUACUGCCAGAACAGUAAAAACACAUCCA